AUGUGGGGCCAGGAGGAGCCUGCCAGUGUUCUCCCUGGAAGCGUGGGUGCCUCUCAGAAGCUGGGGCCCACCACCUGUGAUGUGCAAGAGACUUGUCGAGGGCAUGAAAAGUCCAAGGGAGGUUGUCGUCCCCUUAGCUCAGCCCUUUUUGACAACAGGCGGGUGACGGUGACAGAGCCCCAGCCCCGUGAAGCAACUGUCCGGCGCCCCAGGGAGGCGUUAGAGCAGUGCACCUCGCUGGCCCUGCGCCAGCGCUGGCACACCCCAGAGAAGACGCACAAGUGUGGCACGUGCGGCAAGGCUUUCACCUGCAGCAGCAGCCUGCUGGAGCACCGGCGUACCCACACCGGGGAGAAGCCUUUCUUCUGCAGCCAGUGCGGCAAGGCCUUCAGCUGCCACUCGUCCCUCAACGUGCACCAGCGCACACACACGGGCGAGCGGCCCUACAAGUGCCCUGCCUGCGAGAAGGCCUUCAGCUGCAGCUCGCUGCUCAGCAUGCACGUGCGCGUGCACACCGGGGAGAGGCCCUAUCGCUGCGCCGAGUGUGGCAAGGCCUUCAACCAGAGGACGCACCUCACGCGCCACCAGCGCCUCCACACAGGCGAGAAGCCCUAUGUGUGCGGAGCCUGCGGGAAGGCCUUCACCUGCCACUCGUCCCUCACCGUGCACGCGGCCAUCCACAGUGGGGAGAAGGCCUUCAAGUGUGGGGAGUGCCAGAAGGCCUUCGCCAGCCGCUCGCGCCUCACCCUGCACCAGCGCGCCCACACCGGUGAGAAGCCCUUCGCAUGCGCUGCCUGCGGCAAGGCUUUCAGUUGCCAGGCGUACCUGGGCGUGCAUGAGCGCAUCCACAGUGGCGAGAGGCCCUUUGCGUGCAACCAGUGCCGCAAGGCCUUCAGCUCGCCAUCGUCCCUCAUCGUGCACCAGAGGGUGCACACGGGCGAGAAGCCCUUCGACUGCAGCCGCUGCUGGAAAGCCUUUAGCUGCCAAUCGUCCCUCAUCGUUCACCAGAGAGUACACACAGGCGAGAAGCCCUACAAGUGUGCCGAGUGUGGCAAGGCCUUCAGCCAGAAACACUGCCUCCUCAAACACGGCAAGGUCCACUCGGCGGAGAAGCUGCUGCAGUGUAAGGAACGUGGGGAGGUGUUCACCUGGAGCGCCCACCUCACACAGCACCAGAGACUGCACAGCGCAGAGAAGCCCUUUCCCGUGGGCCUCCACAAGCACCUGCUGAGCCCCUACUAUGUGCCUAGCCAGCUGCUGGGGACAGGGGCCCCAGGACGGGGCAGUGUGGGCACUGUGGAUGCCAUAGAUGUGGCUGGGCUGCUUUGUGGGGUGCCACCCUCCCCCAGCCUGAAGCCCCCUUCCCCAGGGGCUAAACAAGUUAACUGA